AUGCAGAAAUUCGGCUGUCCUGAGCAGUUCACCCACAUGGUACGUGCGCUGUACGAUGGGAUGAUGGCGCACGUCAUGGACGACGAGGUGGUCUCCAAAAUCUUUGCAGUGACCAGUGGAGUGAAGCAGGGCUGUGUCUUAGCGCCUGCCCUCUUUAGUCUCAUGUUCUCUGCCAUGCUGAUGAACGCCUACCAUGACGAGCGUCCCGGGAUCCGCACCAACUACAGAAUGGACAGGCACCUUCUCAACAUCCGAUGUCUGCAGGCCCCUACGCGCGUGUUUACAACCACAGUUCAUGACUUGCUGUUUGUGGACGACUGCGCUCUCAGCAUCACAACAGAAGCGGACAGGCAAAGGAGUAUGGAACUCUUCGCCGCAGGUUGUGCAAACUUCGGUCUUACCAUCAACACAGAUAAGACGGUGGUCAUGCAUCAACCACCACUCCGUGAUGACUGCAAUGCUCCACUUAUCAAAGUCAGCUCUCCAAAGCGAGCCGAGCUUUCGGCCGGUUUCAAGCUUAUGUGUGGAAUUGUCAUGGCCACCGACUGUGCACGAAACUAA